ACAUGGGUGAACGGGAUUGGCCUAUUGUUUGAAAAUGGAAGUCCUGAUGGAGGAGUCGGUGACCUUUGAGGACGUGGCUGUGCACUUCACCGUGGAGGAGUGGGCUCUGCUGGAUCCAUCCCAAAAGGAGCUCUACAAAGAUGUGAUGAAGGAAAUACUGAGAAACGUAGUCUCCAUAGGAGACAUAAGGAAACGCCAGAAGAUUGAAAAUGAAUACCAAAAUUCUGGGAGAAAACUAAGAUGUCAACUGGUGGAGAAACUCCGUGACUGUCAAGAGGGUCAUGAGUGUGCAGAGAUCUUCAAACUCUCUACAGAGGGCACGGUGAACCAUAAAUUUUACCCAGGAGUACAUAUUUGUAAAAGAAAUGGGUUUGUCAAUGUACUUAUUGGCCACUUAGCUCUAAAUGUGCGACUGAAACCUAGGCCAGGGCAGAAGUCAAAUGAAGAUCAGGAACAUGGAAAGGACGUGCAUAAUAAUAAGGAAUCUGAGGAUACCUCCAGCUCUCCCCCGUCUCUGCCGAAGCAGCGAAGUGCUGAGCCUGCAGAGAAAUCUAAUAAAACUAAGCAUCCUGAUGAAGACUUCAGACGUGGUCAGAAUCGUGAAAGGACCCCUGCUGAAGAAAAACAACACAAAUGUAAGCAGUGUGGGAAAGCUUCUGCUUCUCUCCGGUCCUUGAAGAGGCACGAGCAACAUUACCAUACAAAGAAAUGCUUUAAAUGUAAGCAGUGUGGGAAAGCCUUCCCUUUCCCGAGUGCCCUUCAAGUCCAUGAAAGGAUUCACACUGGUGAGAAGCCCUAUGCAUGUAAGCAGUGUGGGAAAACGUUUGCCCAUUCCAGUUCUCUUCUAAGACACGAAAGAAUUCACACUGGCUCGAGUCCCCACGAGUGUAAACUGUGCAGGAAAACCUUUACUCGUUUGAAUUCUCUUUUAAGGCAUAAAAUAAUUCACACUGGUGAGAAGCCCCAUGCGUGCAAUCAGUGUGGGAAAGCUUUUUCUCGGUCUGCUUCCCUUCAAAGACACACAAGACUCCACACUGGAGAGAAACCCUAUGUGUGUAAGCAGUGUGGGAAAGGCUUCAUUACCUCUACUUACCUGCAAGUUCACGAACGAACUCACACUGGGGAAAAACCUUACGCGUGUAAGGAGUGCGGGAGCGCCUUCAUGCUUUGGACUCAAUUUCAAAAGCAUAAAGUAGUUCACAGCGGUGUGAAUCCCUUUGUCUGCAAGCAAUGCGGGAAAGCCUUCACUCGUCUCGGUUCCCUACAAAUACAUGAGAGAAUUCACACUGGUGAGAAGCCCUAUGUGUGCAAGCAGUGUGCAAAAGCCUUCAUGUCUUUGACUCAGUUAAAACGACAUGAAAUAGUCCACAGUGGCAUCAAGCCCUACAUGUGCAAACAAUGUGGGAAGGGGUUUCUCUGCUCUACCACCUUUCGGAGUCAUGAGAAGCUCCACAGUGGCAAUAACCCGUAUGUGUGUUCACAGUGUGAGAAAGUUGUGAGUUCUCAGAGUGCUUUGCGGAAACACAAAAUGAUUCACACUGGAGAGAAGCCCUGCGUGUGUAAGCAAUGUGGCAAAACAUUCACUCAUUUAAGUUCUCUUCAGUACCAUGCACUGAUGCACAGCGGACAAAAACCCCAUGAAUGCAGGAAAUGUAGGAAAGGCUUCCGGUCUCUUAGUCACCUUAAAAAGCACGAGAGAACUCAGCACUGAAUAGAAACCGGAUGAGUGUAAGCAGCCUGAGAAACGGGUGCAUGUAAGCAGUGUGAGAAAGCCAUUCUCAGUGGCAUAAAUCCAUAGGUUUGUAAGCAGUGUUUACACCCUUUAAAUGGCUGCGGUGCUUUCACAUAAACUUACUGGAGAAAGGGGGGGGGGGGAUUUUUUGCAACCAAUGUGUGAAAGCCUCUAUAGGAUUGAUUAAAAAAAAAAAAAUGAAAUAGCCAGAGUGGAGGGGAACCUUUUAAAAAACAAUAUGGAAGCCAGGCAUUGGCGGUGCAUGCCUUUAGCCGCAGUACUUGGGAGGCAGAGGCAGGUGAAACUCUGUGAGUUCAAAGCCAGCCUGCUUUACAGAGGGAGUUUUAGGAUAUCCUGUCUCAAAACAGAGAAACUCUGUCUCAAAAAAA